AUGGCAGACACCAGCAUCGAGCCCUUCACCAUCUCGAUCCCAGACGCGGCGCUGACGGACCUCAAGACCCGGCUGUCUCUGGCGCGGUUUCCCGACGAAAUCGACUCGGCCGGCUGGGACUACGGGGCGCCGCUGGCAGACGUGAAGCGGCUGACGGAGCACUGGCUCGAGCGGCACGACUGGCGGGCGGCCGAGAAGCAGCUGAACCAGAUGCCGCAGUUCACGACGACGAUCCCGGUGGCGGGCCACGACGAGCUGAAGAUCCAUUUCGUGCAUCAACGCUCGACCAACCCGCGCGCCAUCCCGCUGCUGUUCGUGCACGGAUGGCCCGGCAGCUUUCUCGAGGCGAGCAAGAUCUGGGAGCGACUGGCGAAUCCGACGGCCGACCCUGAUACCAACACCACCUCGUCGGACUCUUCAGCGGCGCCAGCCCCAGCGGCAGAGCCGGCACCGGCAUUCCACUUCGUGGCACCGUCGCUGCCCAACUACGGAUUCAGCCAAGGGUCGCGCAAAAAGGGGUUCGCGCUGGCGCAAUACGCCGAGACGUGCCACGCGCUGAUGCUGCGUCUGGGGUACGACGAGUACGUGACGCAGGGCGGCGACUGGGGCUACUACAUCACGCGGGCGAUGAGCCUGCGGUACCCUUCGCACUGCAAGGCGACGCACGUCAACAUGGACCAGGGCUCGGCGCCGGCGUGGACGAGCCACCCCACGCUGGCCCUGCAGCACGCGCUGCACCCGUACACGGCGGCCGAGAAGGCAGGGCUGGCGCGCACGCAGUGGUUUCUCGACCAGGGCUCCGGCUACCGCGCCCAGCAGACCACCAAGCCGCAGACGCUGGGCUACGCGCUGGCCGACAGCCCCGUCGGCCUGCUGGCCUGGAUCUACGAGAAGCUGCACGACUGGACCGACGCCUACCCCUGGACCGACGACGAGGUGUGCACCUGGGUCGCCAUCUACUGGUUCAGCACGAUGGGCCCCGCCGCCAGCCUCAGGAUCUACUAUGAAGCCACCCAUCAAUGGGACCCCCCGGCCACCCGCGUCUCUCGCGACCGCACCACCCAGUAUAUCGGCGCCGGCGUCAAGCUGGGCCUGGCCCAUUCGCCCCAGGAGUUGCGCGUCCUGCCCUCCUCGUGGACCCGCACCCAGGGUGACGUCGUCUUCGAGCGCUCCCAUCCUUCCGGUGGCCACUUCUUCGCCUAUGAGAGGCCCGACUUCUUGAUCCGCGAUGUGAGGGAUAUGUUUGGCAAGAAGGGUGGAGCUGCUGCUGUUGUCAAGGGGGCCGAUGGUUAUUGA